AUGGUCAAAUCCAUCCGACUAAUGGUCGAAGGGAAUGUUGAUUUAUACAAGGUGCUACAGGUACAGCCAGAAGCGACACCUCAAGAAAUAAAACAAGCAUAUCGUAAACAAGCACUACUUUACCAUCCCGAUAAACAACCCAAGAAGGAGAGAAAUCAGGUGGCAGACCACUUCAGCUUGAUCUUGACGAGUUACCAGAUCCUAUCAGAUCCCCAGCUACGACAACAGUACGAGGAUCUAGUUUGUAGCCACAAUAAGCAUCCUUCCAAACCCGUAACCAAAAUUGCGGGUGUUCGAGAUUUACAGCGAAAGUUGAGAGAGAAGGAGAUAGUAGCACAACAAGCAUCGAAUAGCGGUGAUGAAAUACGUGUUGAAGAGAUCAAGAAGCAUCUAAAUUGGGUUAAUAUAGAGCAGCUACGAGAAGAAGGAAUAAAGAAACGCCGAGUACUUGAGGAAGAGACGAUUGAAAAUGCAGACCAAGCCAGUAACAGCAUUUAUGAUUUACCCGUGAAAGAAAUGCUCCAGGUAAACACAGAACGAGUAUUCGCAGCUCGUCUCAAGUUCAAGCAGAGACCCGAGGUGAGGUUGGACAAGAGUGUUAUUCUGCAAAUUAUGAGCAUAUUUGGUAAGGUCCAAAAUGUGGAACUACUUGAAAUCAAUGAUGACAAGUAUGGAUAUGCAGAGGUUGAAUUCAAUGACAGUGAUGCUCUAGAUGCAGCGACUGAGUACGACUACUCAACAGCGCAGAGAUGGGAUGGUACAAGUACCCGAAAGUUGGCAAGCUUGCUACGAUCAUGCACGAAGGCGUAUGGUCCUGAUGGAGAUACUUGGACAAAUAAUCCAACAGUAAAUGCCGUACUAGACCAAUAUGUUCAAUCCGUAUCUGACAGAAAUGGGGUGGGUGCUACUGCGUCUCCCUCAGUUCAGUCUUUUCGAAGAUUGUAG